AUGGAGGAGAACUAUGGGAAUCUGGCCUCUCUGGGAUUUCCAGUUCCUAGAUCUGAUUUCAUCUCCUGGCAUGGAGGAGGGGAGGAGCCGUUUCUGAAGGGCUCAGUAGAAGGGGAGAAAACAGCAGGUGAUGAACGAAGAGAGAGCAAUAAAGAGGGCAAAUGGCAAAGAAGGAAUGCUAAAGAAACUCAGAAGCAGAGGAAGAAAUCCCUUGCUUCUGAAGAGGCUGGCUUCCAUGAAAUCCCAAUAGUAGCAGAACAUCAUGAGGGAAACAAGAGGGAUAUUCAGAAGGGGGAGAAACUGUUGAAAUGCUCAGUGUGUGGAACGAGUUUCAAAGAAUCCACAUGGGAGAAACCCUACAACUGCUCAGACUGUGGAAAGAGCUUCUCUCGGAGCACCCACCUGAAAAGACAUCAGCAAAUCCACACAGAGGAGAAGCCCUACAAAUGCUCUGAGUGCGGAAAGAGCUUUCGGUGCAGCUCAAAUCUUACCUUACACCACAGAAGUCACACAGGGAAGAAACCGUAUAAAUGCCCCAAGUGCAGAAAGAGUUUCAGCUAUGUAUCAAGUCUUAAGGUUUAUCAAAAAAUUCACACAGGGAAAGAUGCUUGA